AUGGAUAUCUCGGAUCCAAGUACAAGACUACCCAAAGUCCAAGGUGCCACCAUUACUUAUCUUGCUCCUCUGGAGCUCUACAAAAACCAGAAGCCAUAUUUCAGCCAGCUACCCUGCGGAACCCCGCUAGCGCGUACUAACCUCGUUGAAAGCGACCACCUUGUCGACAUACGUGAUAUUAGUGGCAGAGAAGACAUAUUUGAACUCGAUGAGACAGGCUUCCAAUUCAUGCACCUUCCGACAAACAUAUCAGACUGGAUGGACGAAAGUGUACAAUCAGAAUAUCUCCCAGCCAUAUCGGCAUGGCUGAAGGAAUAUUUCAAGUGCCAGAAGGUCUUCAUCUACAAUUACAAUCUUCGAACCAACGACACGACAAAAUCAGGGGAUGGCACAUGGAGGAGUCCCAUAUUCCGAGUCCACUGCGACAACACUCCCGAGUCCUGCGCAAAACGCCUAGAAUUCCAAUUCCCAGCUGAAGCGGCCGCAAUCAGAAGUGGUCGUUACCGUUACGUAGACAUCUGGCGCUGUGUCGCCGGGGCAAACGUUGACGCUCCCCUCGCAGUCUGCGACUACCGCAGUAUAACACCAGGAGACCUGCACAGAAUCGACAUAGUCUACCCACAUUUCAGCGAGGAAGGGUUUGAAGUAACGUAUAACCCUGCGCACCGGUGGUACUGCAAGAAGGGAAUGUCGAAGGAUGAUAUCGUGUUGUUUAAGAUCGAUGAUAACUUGGAGGGCGUGGCUAGGUUUGCGCCGCAUACGGCUUUUAUCGAUCCGUCGGUUUCGGGGAAUACUAAGAGGGCAAGUAUUGAGGUUAGGGCUAUCAUUUGUGGGUAG